AUGGCAUCAACGGGGCCCGUCCCCAGUACCAAAAAGGUAGACCCAGUGACGUCUGUCUUUGUCGAGGAGAGGCGCAAGGUGGCGUAUCGAAAGCUCGACUACUCUGGCGCCCACGACAAGACGAACCCUUGCGAAAUUGCGAGUGACACGGUGGGCCACGGGGGUCAAGACACGUCAUGGGGUGGUAUUCUCGACGCCGCCAAGGAUCCCAAGGCGUGGCUCUUUGUGUGUUAA